UCCCUUUCAUUGGUGCACCUACAGUCGCGCUAAUCGUACUCUUGCAGAAGCAAAACGUUCUCUCUUUAGCGAAGCCAUGGCCAAUGAAGCUUUAACAGCACGAAACCCAGAUGGGGUUCACACCGAUGUGCUCUCUAGUGCAAGACAAGCAUGCUAUAAGGCACGAGACGCAUUCUAUGCUUGUUUGGAGAAAGAAUCAGAUAAGAAACAGACUGAAAUUGCGUCCAAGGGUCUGUUAUACCCAGCACAGUGCAAACCCGCCAGGGAUCAGUUCGUCAAUAACUGCCGUGCUUCUUGGGUGAAGCAUUUUGAUGCGAUGCACUGCAAGAACAGAAGUUUGAAGAGGCUUUUGGAUGAUAAAGAAUCGAGGAGAGGGUUGCGUUUAUUCAUUUUGGCAGGGGUUUAAGGUGUUCACUUGGCCCCUCCAGGCGGAAGGAAUCAUCUGGGCCAGCUACUGGCUGCAUGCUAAAUUCAUUAUUCAGAGCAAGAGACGUAUAACAGAUUUAAGGCUUGAAGAGAUGUUACUGUCAUAUCCAAAUUACGUUGGAGUAAGAAACUGAUUGGAAACAACAACAAUUUUGAUUUGAUUAGAUAUGUUUCUUGUACAAUUAAUGGAUGAAAACAAAAUUUUGUCGUUGAUGCACUUCUUUUCUUGUUUGGUUUGAGGGUUCUGGCAGAUGUUAGAGAUAUCUAGGCAAUUGCAUAAAGGUACCAUGUGUCCAUGCUAGUGUUCUGCUUGCAACCUUCAAGGGGUCAGACCUUUGGUUGGUUUAUAUAUGUUUUGCUAUAUAUAGCAUAUUUGUUGGUGUUA